GUCGUCCUCAACUUCUCGGUCAACGCAAGCCUCAGCUUGCCUAUUGCCAGUCAGCAAGGCUUUCGUUAGCUCGUUGCGGUUAUGCAUUUGUAUAAUUUGACUCUCCAGCCACCCUCGGCAGCUACCCAAGCCAUCGUCGGUAACUUUUCUGGAGUCAGAGCACAAGAAAUCAUCAUUUCCCAUGGGACACGUCUCGAGCUACUUCGACCAGAUGUACAGACCGGAAAACUUGUCCCCGUCGUCGCCAGCGACGUUUUUGGCUCAAUACGCUCGCUCGCUGCUUUUCGGUUGACAGGCGGCACUAAGGACUACGCCAUAGUAGGCUCGGAUUCAGGUCGUAUCGUCAUCCUUGAGUAUGACCCCAAGACUAGUAGCUUCGUCAAGGUGCACCAGGAGACAUACGGGAAGUCGGGUGCAAGGAGGAUCGUACCUGGCCAAUAUCUUGCGACCGACCCCAAGGGACGUAGCGUUAUGGUCGCUGCUGUGGAGAAGGCCAAGCUCGUUUACAUCCUCAAUCGAGACGCGGCCGCCAACUUGACCAUCUCUUCGCCGUUGGAAGCUCAUAAAAAUGCGGCCAUCAUCCAUCACAUUGUUGGUCUUGACGUAGGCUUCGAGAACCCGAUGUUCGCUGCUCUGGAGGUGGACUAUACAGAGUCGGACCAGGAUCCUACGGGAGAGGCGUUCAACAACGCUGACAAGGUUUUAACAUAUUACGAGCUCGAUCUCGGACUUAAUCACGUCGUCCGUAAAUGGAGCGAACCAACCGACCCACGAGCAAACCUGCUCGUACAAGUUCCUGGUGGUCAGCUCGCAUCAUCGGAUCGUUAUGAUGGCCCCUCCGGUGUAUUGGUGUGCUGCGAAGACCACAUCAUAUACCGACAUACUGACGUCCCACAACACCGCGUUCCUAUCCCUCGAAGACGACACCCUCUCGAGGAUCCCGACCGUGGGCUCAUCAUCACUUCUGCCGUCAUGCACAAAAUGAAGGGAGCCUUCUUCUUCUUAUUGCAGAGCGAGGAGGGUGACUUGUACAAGGUUACGAUUGAGCACCAAGAGGAGGAGGUCAAGGCGGUGAAGAUCAAGUACUUUGAUACUGUGCCUGUCGCCUCCAGCUUGUGUAUUCUAAAAUCUGGUUUCCUCUUUGUAGCGUCGGAGUUCGGAAACCAUCAACUAUACCAGUUCCAAAAGCUCGGCGACGAUGACAACGAGCCAGAGUUCAGCUCAACCGAUUAUCCUUCGUUCGGAAUGGCCGAUCCAUCAGCAGCACUACCUCGAGCGCACUUCCGCCCACACCCCCUGGAUAAUCUCGCACUCGCUGACGAGCUUGAGUCUCUGGCGCCGGUGAUCGACUCCAAGGUCAUGAAUCUACUGCCAAACUCUGAUACUCCCCAAAUUUUCACUGCUUGUGGACGAGGCGCUCGUAGUACGUUCCGUACGCUACGUCACGGUUUGGAGGUCGAGGAGACGGUCAGUUCGGAUCUGCCCGGUAUUCCAAACGCUGUGUGGACAACAAAAACAAGAGAGGAUGCUCCCUAUGACUCAUACAUCAUUCUCUCUUUCGUCAACGGUACACUCGUGCUCUCAAUCGGCGAGACCAUCGAGGAAGUUCAAGAUACCGGUUUCUUGUCCUCUGCACCUACUCUCGCGGUUCAGCAAAUCGGCGCGGAUGCACUGUUGCAAGUUCAUCCACAUGGUAUCCGCCAUGUUCUUGCUGAUCGACGAGUCAACGAAUGGCGAGUUCCUCAGGGUAAGACUAUCGUCUCGGCGACAACGAACAAACGUCAGGUUGUCGUUGCGUUGAGCUCUGCGGAGCUAGUCUACUUCGAGCUCGAUUUGGAUGGACAACUUAAUGAGUAUCAGGAUCGGAAGGCCAUGGGCAGUACCGUGCUUGCCCUGAGCAUCGGUGAAGUUCCGGAAGGAAGGCAGAGGACGCCAUAUCUGGCCGUAGGUUGUGAGGAUCAGACUGUUCGUAUCAUCUCCCUCGAUCCGGAGAGCACGCUCGAGACUAUCAGUCUACAAGCGCUUACGGCGCCCCCUUCAGCCCUCUGUAUCGCGGAUAUGCUGGACGCAGGGAUAAACAAGAGCCAACCCACGAUGUUCGUGAAUAUUGGCCUUCAGAAUGGUGUGCUGCUGCGUACGGUGCUGGACCCAGUGAAUGGCCAACUAACGGACACUCGAACAAGGUUCCUUGGUACACGGCCUGUUCGCCUGAUCCGAGUACAGAUCCAACAUCAACCCGCCAUCCUCGCACUCUCGUCACGAACAUGGCUCAACUACACGCAUCAGAACCUGAUGCACUUCACGCCGCUCAUUUUUGAUAACCUCGACUUUGCUUGGAGUUUCUCUGCCGAGCUCUGUCCGGAAGGUCUGAUUGGGAUCACUGGGAGCGUGUUGAGGAUCUUUCAAAUGCCCAAGCUUGGGACGAAACUCAAGCAGGACUCAAUUCCCUUGAGCUACACGCCGCGCAAGUUCGCCUCACAUCCGUCGAACAGCUAUUUCUAUAUCAUAGAGGCCGACCACAGAGUCACGGGCCCUGAUGCAACAGCUAAGAAAGUGGCAGAGCUGCGUUCUCAAGGCAAAAUGGUAGACGAUGAAAUGCUCGAGCUGCCGGCUGAAGUUUUCGGACGUUCGAAAGCUCCGGCGGGUACAUGGGCAUCGUGUAUCCGCAUCGUCGACCCUGCUGAGGGAAAAUCCGUGGCUGAGAUUCCGAUUGACAACAACGAGGCCGCAUUCUCACUAGCGAUAGUGCCUUUCUCCGUGAGGAAUAACGAGUACCAUUUAGUGGUCGGUACUGCGCAAGAUACGUUCUUAGCUCCUCGGUCAUGUACUAGUGGGUUCCUACGGACAUAUAAGUUCGUGGAUGAUGGAGCAGGACUCGAGCUCUUGCAUAAGACCGAAACCGAUGAUAUCCCGAUGUCACUGCUUGCAUUCCAAGGGAGACUUGUUGCUGGUAUUGGAAAGGCGCUAAGGAUCUAUGAUAUCGGUAAGAAGAAACUUCUGCGAAAAGCUGAGAGCAAGACCUUCGCCUCCGCUAUCAUCAGCCUGAACACUCAGGGUUCGCGUAUCAUAGUUGGCGACAUGCAAGAAUCUAUCGCAUACGCCGUCUACAAAGCACCAGAAAACAAGCUCCUUGUCUUCGCUGACGACACACAAGCGCGCUGGGUCACAUGCUCCACCAUGGUUGACUACACUACCGUCGCCGCAGGAGAUCGAUUCGGCAAUAUCUUCAUCAACCGUCUGGACAGCAAAGUGUCUGACCAAGUCGAUGACGACCCUACGGGAGCGGGCAUCCUGCACGAAAAGGGCAUACUCAUGGGAGCCCCUCACAAGACUGCGAUGUUGGCCCACUUCCACGUCGGCGACUUGGUCACAUCGAUCCACAAGGUUUCGCUCGUCGCUGGUGGGAGAGAAGUCUUGCUGUAUACGGGUCUUCACGGUACGAUUGGAAUGCUCGUGCCACUCGUCUCGAAGGAAGACGUCGACUUCAUAUCCACGCUCGAACAGCACAUACGCACGGAACAGACUAGUCUGGUAGGCAGGGAUCAUCUGGCUUGGAGAGGUUACUACGUGCCUGUGAAGGCUGUUGUGGAUGGUGACUUGUGUGAGACGUUUGCGAGGUUGCCGGCAGCGAAGCAGAGUAUGAUCGCGGGAGAGUUGGAUAGGACGGUGAGCGAGGUGUUGAAGAAGCUUGAUCAGUUGCGGGUCACCGCUAGCGGGUUCUGAGGCAGAUGGGCACAACUCCGAGGGAUUGUUGCGUAUUCUUGGACGGUCAUUCCUUGCGUGCUGUUCUUAGUGUGUAGUAUAUGCUUUGCUUGAAUUGAUCAUCCUGUAUCAACGCG